AUGGCAAGAGAUGUGCUGGAGCUAAUGAAGCAAAUUGGGUGGCUCGACUCGGAUUCAUCAAGCUACCCCCAGGACAUCAACAUUGCUGGCAUCAGUCUCGGCGGCAUGAUUGCGCAGGAGCUGGCCCUUUUGAUACCGCAGCGAGUCCAGUCACUCAUCUUGAUCUCAUCAGCGCCGAGACUGGUUCGAACCACACCACUUCUGGACCACACUAUGCAGCGCGUCUUCAUGUUUCUCCCAUCUGGAUUGGAUACAGAAUUGGACAACAAAGCACGCAGAAUCUUCAGCGAUAAGUUUCUUAGAUCCGCGGACACCGGGUCUCUCGAUGCGAAUAUCAGCUUUCCAAAUAAUCACGAUCGUUUCGUCGCAGAAGAGCUUGCGGAGCGGGAAGACGACACAGACGUAUCGCGCAGAAAAGGGGUUCUCCUGCAAGCGGUAGCCGCCGGAUGGCAUUUCAAAAGCUCAGAAGACUUGGCUAAAAUGGGCGAUUUAGUAGGCCGAUCACGGAUCAUGGUCAUGCACGGCACGGCGGACGAGACUAUCACAUUCCCACACUUUGAUUUGUUCAAGACCGGCUUUGGAGACGGGCCGGAGUAUUUCGUGUGGGAUGAAUGCGGCCAUAUACCUCUCUGGGAGAGAGAACACGAGUUCAACGCCCGUAUUGCGCAGUUCGUAUACAGGAACGCCAAUCUCCCGGCCUGA